AGGCUGACCUGCGUAUCGGGGAGCUCCAGUGGGGAGACAGUGGGGUUUACCUGUGUAAGGUGAUCAUCUCUGACGACCUCGAGGGCAGGAAUGAGGCCCCUGUGGAGCUUCUGGUGUUGGGUAAGACAGGUACAGGUGUGUCAGAUGAUCUCCUGCCUGACUUUGAUGUGAAGAUUAUGCCAGAAUGGGCCUUUGUGGGCUCGGUAGCCCUGGGUAUUAUCCUGUUCAUCUUGCUGUUUGGUGUGUGUUGGUGCCAGUGCUGUCCUCACUCCUGCUGCUGUUAUGUGUCCUGUUGGUGCUGCCCUGAGACCUGCUGCUGCCCACGACACUUGUACGAGGCAGGAAAGGGGUUGAGGAGCAGGGCUUCGUCCCCCCAGAUCGCUGUCUAUCCACCCUACUACGUACCUGGGGUCCCGGCCAUGGUCCCCAUCGCUCCCCCCUCCCUGGUGGACACCACGAUGAUGUCCGCUCCCCCCUCUGUGUCAGAGCACAGUGCAGCUGGAGUGCGGCCUGUGUACCGGCUGCAGUCUACUCUGGAUCAGUCCUCUCUGGAUCAGGACUCUCUGAAGGUGUUGCAGCACGUAGAGAAACAGCUGGCUCUUUUCCACCCAGCCAAGGCCCAGAGCCACGACUCCUGCAGUAUCUCAGAGCUCAGUUCUCUCCAUGAGGUGGAUACAGGGGGUUUCCGUCAGUCUUACCGCCAGAUACAGAAGAAUGCCCUGCCAGCCAUCCCUGACCACGGCCGUGACCUUGAAGACAUCCCUGACCUCCAUCAUCCCUCGUCCUCCUCUCAGACCCGUCGCCCCACACGCUACCAGCACCGUCGCAACCGCAGCAUUGAGGAGGACCAUCAUCAUGAUAAUAACAGCAGGUGGAACCCUCGUUCGGAGCACCUGCAGCGUAAGGCCUUCCUCCUGGGUGGGAAGUCAGGCUCUCUGGAUGAACUGGAGGAGUUUUCCCAGUGCUACAGACAGAGAGGCCCCAGGGAGGAGCUCACUGUCAGGGACAUCAGAGACAACGACCAGGAGUACGAGAGACUGGAGCUGCGGGAACGAGAAGGUGACCGGGAUAGGGAUCGAGAUCGGGAAUACUAUCCACCUUCUUACCGGGACAAGACGACAAAACGUGGUUACCGUGACAACAGAGAUCGCGAUGACCGCGCAGAGACUUGGCGAGAACGAGAUCGCCAAGAGGAUUGCCAUGGAGAUCGUCAGGGAAACCGACAACGCAGUCCGCCACCCUCGCCCAAGAAGAGACGGGGCACGUGGGACAACGAGCUGGAGCAGCGCCCCCCUAAACCCCCCGCCCCUCCUCCCCCUCCUCGCCAGAGCCCCCGGGGGCGGGACUACGAUGACGAACUCCUGAGCACUCUUUUGGAGCGCAAGACCAGACGGGGUGGGGCCAGUGACAGUGGAGGUGAUAGGGGCAGGGGAGGGGGGCGCAGCGAAGAGGACACGCCCUCAGACACACCCUCUAAGGGUUCUAAGAAGAGCAGCGGCAGUGGCGGCGAGCGUCACCAUAGCCGUUGUCCUAGCAACAGGGAGGUGGAGUUGGUAUUAGACUCACGGGGAGAAGACUCUCUACCCCCGUACUGCCAGACUGCGUUAGAGCGGUUCAGAGCCGCUGAGCGCCCCUCCCCCUCCCCUCGCCCCUCCACCCAUUCUUCCCGCCCCUCCAACGGAGGCUCCACCCAUAGCCACGCCCAUACCCUACAGCAGGAGAGCGGAGAGGAGCGGGAUAAGCCCCGGAAAGUGGUAUGGAGGCUCACCUUAACAGAUAUACUGUGACUCAGAGCUUGGCUUGCUGCUCCUCUCCCAACUAACUAACAGAGCUUGGCCUGCUGCUCCUCUCCCAAAUAACUGACAGAGCUUGGCUUGCUGCUCCUCUCCCAACUAACUGACAGAGCUUGGCUUGCUGCUCCUCUCCCAACUAACUGACAGAGCUUGGCUCGCUGCUCCUCUCCCAACUAACUGACAGAGCUGGGCUUGCUGCUCCUCUCCCAACUAACUGACAGAGCUGGGCUUGCUGCUCCUCUCCCAACUAACUGACAGAGCUGGGCUGAGACGAGCGGGGUCUUUUCACCGUUACACUGGGCCAAAUGAGCACAAAGCACAGCUUCCAUCACUCUGCACACACGUGACUAAUGUGAAGCUCUCUUGCUGUUUUCUUUUAACAGAGCACUCUUCUUAGCAGAGACUCUCUCAUAGUUUGAUGCCUGGAGAGGACACAUGCAGACACUGGGAAAGACACUGGGGAUCAUCCUCUACCCCCCUCCCCCAUCACCCCACACUGGGGAUCAUCCUCUACCCCCCCCCCAUCACCCCACACUGGGGAUCAUCCUCUACCCCCCCCCAUCGCCCCACACUGGGGAUCAUCCUCUACCCCCCAUCGCCCCACACUGGGGAUCAUCCUCUACCCCCCCAUCACCCCACACUGGGGAUCAUCCUCUACCCCCCCAUCACCCCACACUGGGGAGGAGAGAGGUUCUCAGAGCACACUGGGCAAGCAGAGAACCCCAUGGAGAGGUCAGUGACCAGCAGAGGGAAUGGCUACCUCUGAGUGACAGGCAGUACAACCACUGGACUGACCAUGGCACAGGACGUUGGACGGUCUGAUCAGGCUUCAGAUACACCUCAAUCACCAUGACCUAAGAAGAAGAGUAAUGUACAGAGCUGUGACAAAGACCUCUGGAUGCACAGGACAAAUAGCACUGUGUGUGUGUGUGUAUUGGUGGAUGUGUGUAUGGUGCUUAUUCCUGUCUGCUCUUUUGUGUGUCAGAGUGAAUAGUUUCUCCAUCUCCCUGUCUUCUCCAUUCUAUUCUCCUCUCUCACUGACAACACACACUGAAUGACGAUGUCAUUCCGGAGUUUCUGUCACUGCCACCUCUACACAGUGCACGCUCUCUCUGUGAAGUCGCUGAAUGAUGAUGUCACUCUGGAGUUUCUGCCACUGCCUGCACCACCACUGCCCAGUCACGGUCGAAGGCCGUCGUUGAGACAACGUUUGGGUUCUGUUGUGUGAAUGGUGUGUAUCCCCCGUACCAUUGUGUUUUCCAGAGCCAUUGUAAAGCACCUAUUGGCCUUGACUCUGUGGAUAGAGGACGCAGUGUUUCUUAAUCAUUGUGUUUAAUGCAAUGAUACAAUGUCGGUUAUACCCAGUAAGUUUGGACUAGAGGGUACUACUAACAGAGCCAGGGAGAGAAACUGGAACUUUAGGGACGGCAGGUAGCCUAGCGGUUAAGAGCAAAAGGUCGGUGGUUCAAAUCCUCGAGCCGACUAGGUGAAAAGAAAUGUGUUGAUGUGCCCUUGAGCAAGGCACUUAACCCUAAUUGCUCCUGUAAGUCGCUCUGGAUAAGAGCGUCUGCUAAAUGACGUAAAUGUACUGGGUUGUGAUGAUGUGCCAUCUAUCCUUCGAAGACUGUAUUUGGUUUAUAAUAGUUUUAUACAUAGUUUAUCAACUCUGCCUGUCUCUGUGUUAAAUCAUGUUGUGAUUACAAUGCAGUAAAUGAUUGUGCACGUGUAACUGAAAGCACUUGUGGGUAUGUCUGUGUGUGUUUAAGAUAAGAUAACCAAGGUGUGUUUAGUUCUUAUCAUUGUUGUGUAAACCGCUAAACACACAACUUUAUCUCCACUCAUUAGCACUCACACACACACACACACACACACACACACACACACACACACACACACACACAUACUGGCUGUCAACUUACCACAGCUAUUUCUCGCGCCUGCAAAACUUGUAGAAGGAUUCAUUACAAUUGUUCAUGUUUAGUGUUGUUUUUUUCCACUUCUUUCAGUGUAGUUAUUGUUCGUAGCUUUUGUGCUUUUCUAUGUUAUUUUCUUUCUAUGCUUGUUCUAUGUCAUUGUGUUCCUGUGUUCCAUUCAUCUGUCUGUCAAUGAGAAGGUUGUUUCACAGCCCAGCUCCCUGUCUGUCAAUGAGACGUUGUUUCACUGAGUUGAAGUCAUAGAGGCGACAGGCAACAAUGGCUUUGUCUAUUUAUGAGCAUCACCAACUGACUGUUACUCUAAGAGAUCUGGUAAUAUCACACACACACGCACGCACGCACACACACACACACACACACACACACACACACACACACACACACACACACACACACACACACACACACACACAGUAUCUUGGAAAGUGCAUGUUGGUGAACACUAAACGGUGGCAGGGUAGCCUAGUGGUUAGAGUGUUGGACUAGUAACCGAAAGGUUGCAAGUUCAAAUCCCCGUGCUGACAAGGUACAAAUCUGUCAUUCUGCCCCUGAACUGUUCCUAGGCCGUCAUUGAAAAUAAGAAUUUGUUCUUAACUGACUUGCCUGGUUAAAUAAAGGUAAAAUAAAUAAACACUUAAGUUGUAUUUCUCCUUUAGGUUACCUUGUUGUAAUAACUUGUACCAUAACUGGGGCUUUUUGCAAUGACACUUACCAUCCGUUACAAACUAAUGCCUAAUGAACUAUUCAUUAUUUAACUCCAGAGACGCAGUUUAACCACAGCCUUUACCUCAAAUACUGUUGACCAGGCAGCUUCAAUCUCAUUCAAUAAAGUCUACUUAAUCUACA